AUGUCCCUAUCGGCUAUCAGUCUCCUGGCUAUUUUUGCCUUCCGUGCCCUUGGUGAUACUCCUCCCCAAUUCACCAGGAGCUUUCCGCCAGUCGACUUGGGAUAUGCGAUCCAUAAACCCACAUAUAUCAAUAUCACUUCUUCUGGCCUUGCGGUUGCAAAAUACAAUAAUAUUCGUUAUGCCCAGCCUCCGGUAGGUGAGCUUCGGUUCCGCAAGCCAAUGACACCCCCACCACAGGCAGACGGUAUACAAGACGGCACUCAAUACCCCUCUACGGACUGUGUCAGUAGUGCCUAUCCUGGAGUUCCGUUUCCGGGCCGAAAUGGGACUACCUGGGGUCAGGAAGAUUGCUUGUUCUUGAACGUGCAGGUCCCAGAAGGUGUUAAGGAAGGCGAUCGGGUUCCCGUCCUGCACUGGAUUCACGGAAGUGGAUAUGCAUUCGGAAGCAAGGAUACCAUAGGUAUUACCGUGGAUCCAGAGGGCCUGUUUGAUAGAUUGCAGAGAUAUGGCGAGAAGUUCGUUUUCGUUACAAGUAACUACCGUCCUGAAGAGGAUAUGACCGCCAACAUUGGACUGCACGAUAGCCUUGCUGCGGUGCAAUGGACAAAGGAACACAUAUCAAAAUUCGGUGGUGACUCUGACAGGGUUACAGUCAUUGGACAGAGUGCAGGAGCCGGUAUAAUUAACCUUAUGUUGACUUCCUAUGGUGGGAAGGGUGACCUUCCGUUUUCCCAGGCGGUUGUCCAAUCUCCAGCAAUUAUGCCCCGGAGAGAUGUAGCUUCCCGCAGACAAGACGUUUACAACCAAGUUCUCAAAUCUACGAAUUGUACCAACCCUGCCUGUCUUAGAGCCGCUUCACCAGAAGUUCUUAAAGCAGCAAACCACCAUCUGAUAGUUGAAGUGCCAACCGGAACCGGAGGGGCCUCAUUCGGUCCUGGUGUUGGGUUCUCUCCCCUGGUUGAUGGAGAUAUUGUCCCGGACGAACCUAUGAUCCUCUUCGAACAGGGAAGAUACCAUAAGGAAGUAAAGCGAGUCAUAGCCGCAAAUACCGCGUUCGAGGGAAAUGGUCUUAGUUCUGAUACCAAUAUGCCUGACGGAUUCCCCGACUACGUUCGAAUAAACUUUCCUACUGCAAGUAAUGAGACCGUCCAGCGAAUUCAAAACCUAUUUCCCUAUCCACCUGGCAAGCCCGAAAUGCUAGCAUGGGACUGGAUCACCUCUGUUGUGUUUGCAUGCCAUUCGACCAGUAUUGCAAAGGCUUACGGAUCCAAAGCUUACCGAUAUGUGAUGCGUAUUCCUCCGGCAACACAUGCCUUGGAUCUACUCUAUUUCUUCUUCGUCGAUAAUACAACAACUCCAGUUUUAAGCGAGGUUGCGGUAAGGCAAGCUCAAGGAUUUCUAGGCCAAUUCAUCCAUGCCAAAUAUCAGAAGGAUGGUUCACUUCCUUCACUUGGCCACCAACCCGCACCAGCAUGGGUACCUUAUGGCUCACGAUUUCACACCAUGGACAUUGUUGAACACGGAUUUGAGCUCAAAACCGACCCUUGGGAAACAAACCGAAUUUGUCGAACCUUACUUGAUAUCAUUAAAGACCCCAGGAAUGGCAAUUAG